AUAGAUUAAAGUAUGUCAAAAUGUUAAGUAUAGCUGCUAGGGUUAGGGUUAGGCAUCAACUAAAUACAGACAUAGCCAUUUUCUUUUUCUUUUCCUUUAUUUUUUUACAAAAAUGAUUUUUUUUCUUUUUCUUUUUUCUGGUUUAUAGUGAUUGGGCGCCUGUAUAUAGAUAUAUAUAUAGCUAGCCUUCUUGCUGGUACAGCAAGGUAUCGAGCUCCAAGUCUCCAACAUCCCAUUUCAUCAAAUCGACUAAGAAAGUCGAUUUCUAGGGUUUGAUCCGAAGAAAUUGAUGAAGAAACAGCAAGUGGUAGUCAGAAGAGAUGGGUCGUCCCGGAGGAGCUCAAGCAGUACUUCAUCUUCAGUUGUUAGAACUGUGAGGUAUGGGGAGUGCCAGAAGAAUCACGCUGCGAAUAUCGGAGGGUACGCGGUGGAUGGAUGCAGAGAGUUCAUGGCAAGUGGGGAGGACGGCACGGCGGAGGCGCUGACGUGUGCUGCUUGCGGCUGCCACCGGAAUUUUCACCGGAGGGAAGUGGACACGGAGGUUGUUUGUGAGUAUACUCCACCCAAUAAUUCUUAUCAACAAUAAUAGUGCCUGUGCUUUCAUAAUUGAACCGCGUGUAUAGGACUGAAUGAAGAAGGGUCUUUGAUUUCUCUGAAAGUAGUUAACUGAAUGAUGCCAAAGAUUGUGAAUUCUGAUUUGAUUUGCCAACCUCUAUGUAUAUGACUGUAAGAUGAGAAUCAAACUUUGAUUUGAUUGUCAAAAGGAAAAGUUUCUCAAUAUUCAUGUUCUACAUGUUCGCAUGUCUUCCUUAUUAAUAUUAUGCUUUCUUUUCAUGAAUUCCUUUUCUUUCUUUUCUAAAUUUAUCCCCAAAUUCGAAUUCUCCAUUAGCAAGCGCAAUGCAGAAAUGUAUAGUCUGCUAGUUCUACUAGUGCAGAAGCCUAAAUUUCCUGGUUAUUUCUACUAGUUCUUUCCUUGUGUAUCAUCUUGAUGAUUUCAUACAAGACAUCUGCAUACCAUUGUGUGUGGUAAAAAGG